AGUUGCCGUAGCUGCAGCAGUAGCGUUUUCCAUUUUAGAGCGUUUCAGUCGAGACAACAUGGCUGCUGCGGCAGGCCAUUAUUACGGUGACGGAGGCAGAGCAACAAAAAGACAGAAAACCGAAAACGACGGAAUGGCUACGGAGGGUUACAAUGACCCGCACAAAACCCUGCCCUCUCUUGUGGUGCACGUAAGGGGGCUCAUUGACGGCAUUACCGAGGCUGACCUGGUGGAGGCGCUACAGGAGUUUGGCACUAUAAGUUACGUUGUGUUGAUGCCCAAAAAGCGUCAAGCGCUGGUGGAGUUUGAGGACAUGGGUGGCUCCUGUAAUGCAGUGACGUAUGCUAACAGUAGUCAGAUCUACAUUGGUGGUCGGCCUUCUUACAUCAAUUACUCUACCAGUCAAAAAAUCUCUCGGCCUAGUGACUCCGAUGACACCCGGAGCGUCAACAACGUACUGCUUCUAACCAUCAUGAACCCAAUCUACCCCGUUACUACGGAUGUUCUCUACACCAUUUGUAAUAACUGCGGCCCUGUGCAAAGGAUUGUGAUCUUCAGGAAAAAUGGAGUUCAAGCCAUGGUUGAAUUUGAUUCAGUCCAAAGUGCACAGAGAGCCAAAGCAUCUCUCAAUGGAGCUGAUAUCUACUCGGGCUGCUGCACCCUUAAAAUUGAGUAUGCCAAGCCAACCCGUCUCAACGUCUUCAAAAAUGAUCAGGAUACAUGGGACUACACCAACCCAAAUCUGACCGGCCAAGAUGCUGACGCAGAUGGCAAUUGGAACAGCUCACAAGACCCCAAUGCUAACCCAAACAAGCGGCAGAGGCAGCCAGCACUACUGGGAGAUCAUCCACCAGAAUUUGGUGGUCCUCAGGCAGGCUAUGGUCAUUAUGAUGAAACCUAUGGACCACCACCUCCACCCCCCCAUUAUGAGGGCAGACGUAUGGGCCCUCCGAUGGGGCGUGGCCGAGGUGGACCACUUUAUGGUGGGACGCAGUAUGGACACGGACCACCUCCACCAGAUUACAACUCUCACGCUGACUCCCCGGUGGUCAUGGUUUACGGCCUUGAGCCCACCAAGAUAAAUGCAGACAGAGUGUUUAACAUAUUCUGUCUCUACGGCAAUGUGGAAAGGGUGAAGUUCAUGAAGAGUAAGCCAGGUGCUGCGAUGGUGGAGAUGGGAGACUGUUUUGCCGUGGAUAGAGCCAUUUCUCACCUCAACAACAACAUGCUGUUUGGACAAAAACUCAACGUAUGUGUGUCCAAGCAACAGGCCAUAAUGCCAGGCCAGUCAUACCAGCUGGAAGAUGGCAGCUGCAGUUUUAAGGAUUUCCAUGGCAACCGAAACAACCGCUUCAACACAGCUGAGCAGGCAGCCAAGAACCGCAUCCAGCAACCCAGCAAUGUGCUACACUUCUUCAACAGUCAUCCGGACAGCUCUGUUGAAUCUUUCGGCCAGAUUUGUGAGGAGUUGGGAAUCAAGAAUCCAAGCAGUGUCAAGUUAUUUACAGGCAAGAGCGGAACUGCAGGUGAGAGAAGUGCAUCUGGCCUGUUGGAGUGGGAAAACGUAAAUGACGCUAUGGAGGCUCUUGCCAUGAUUAAUCACUACCAGAUGAAAAACCCGACUGGGCCUUACCCAUACACUCUCAAACUGUGUUUUUCAACUGCACAACACGCAAAUUGAAGCCGAGAUGACCAAUAACCUUUGAUGUUCUGUGACCUUUUUGAAAUGCAGCAUCAUAGCAUGUCUUAAUUCCUGACCCCAGAGGGAGAAAACUAGCCAGUUAAUCUCUUUCCUGAAUCACAUUGUACUCAACAUUUUGUACCAUUAUUUUAAUUUGUAAUUGUUUUUUAUUGCUAUUAAUACUUUUUAUUUUCAGUUGUCUUGUGUAACUGUACAUUUGUGGAAAACGUAUUAAAGACAGUGUGAACAGGU